UACAGAAAUAAAGCUUGUGGAUGUCCCAGAAAUGAACUACACAACUGGGGAUCGGCCCUACCCUCGUGGUGAGAUCUGUGUUAGGGGUCCUACCAUUUUCCAAGGCUACUAUAAGGAUCAAAUGCAGACGAGAGAAGUAAUUGAUGAAGAUGGAUGGCUCCAUACUGGAGAUAUAGGGUUAUGGUUAACUGGAGGUCGUCUUCAGAUUGUUGAUAGAAAGAAGAACAUUUUCAAGUUGGCACAAGGAGAGUAUAUAGCUCCUGAGAAAAUUGAAAAUGUGUAUGCUAAAUGCAAAUUUGUAGCCCAGUGUUUUGUAUAUGGUGACAGUCUGAAUUCUUCUUUGGUAGCCAUUGUCUCAGUUGAACAGGAAGUUCUGAAAGCAUGGGCUGCAUCUGAAGGCAUAAAGUAUGAAGAUUUGGGACAACUGUGCAAUGACCCAAGAGCAAGGGCUGCAGUCCUGGCGGACAUGGAUGCUAUUGGAAAAGAAGCUGAGCUGAGAGGUUUUGAAUUUGCCAAGGGUGUAACUCUGGUGACUGAACCUUUUACUACGGAAAAUGGUCUGCUCACUCCAACAUUUAAGAUCAAGAGACCUCAAGCAAAGGAAUAUUUUGGGAAAGCAAUAUUGGACAUGUACACUGAACUCAGUAUUUCUGAGCCCUCAUCAGCUAAACCAUUCUGAAAGUUUUUGAAGAAGCCGAGAUAUCAUGAAGAUCAGUGUGGUGUAAUAGUUCGAGUUGGAAUAUGUUAUGAUGCUGUCCGUGAUAAUUUGCUUUCUUGUCCCCUUAGCGGCAAAAAUUUGUAUAUAUACAUAUGAUCUAACGUAUUUCCAUAAAACUGUUGAACUUCAAAUUGUAGAUCCCGUGCUACCGCACCAAAUAGGUGCUGGGAGAAUCAAAUUUUUGGGGUUCAGAAUCUUAUAGGCAGUUUCCUCAAAAUUACAGGAUUAAA